CCCGAAGCGCGCUCUCGGCUUCAAAUCAGUGCCCAGAAAGGUGCCCGGGAAGCGCGCGCCGGUCAGAGAGCAGAGUAGAGAGAGACAGCAAACAGGGAGGACCGCUGUGAGGACGACAACCGAAAUUUAUCGACGAUUCUUACAGUUUUUUGAUGUGUCAGGAUGUGAAGCUCAAACUGUUUGUUUUUAAUGCUGGAUUUGAGCCGCCGGCGGGGCGCCAUGGACGGGAUAAACCGGUGACGGUACCGUUACUACUUUGACAUUCCUCACCGGGAGCCUCGGUGCCUCAGCUUCACUGUGAGUUUAUCUAUGGCGUCUGUUUCAGCCCUUUGAAUUAGCGCUGUAGUUGUCGUUAUCACGGCUCUGGCUAACGGUGACGGCCCGGGAUGUUGCACAUUAGUCGGUGAGAACAGGUGUUGGUGAUCCGCGGUUUCUGGACCAGUUUGAUGGAUUUCCUCCAGCUUCACUGUGAAUAAAUCAGCGAGAUGUAUGCCGCGCGGAAAAGAAGAAAACCGGCCCAGAAAGGAGUCAAACCGCCCCCCAUCGAAGGCGCCAAAUCCAACCCAUCCAAACGCCACCGUGACCGCCUGAACUCGGAGUUGGACCAGCUCGCCAGCCUCUUGCCCUUCCCCGAAGAUGUUAUAUCGAGCCUGGACAAGCUGUCCAUCCUGAGGCUCAGCGUCAGCUACCUGCGCACCAAGAGCUUCUUCUCAGUGGCAUUGAAGAACCGGCUAUCCAGUGGCACGAACAGGAGCAGUGAUCACAACAAUGCCAGCAAGACGACGGGAGCUACGGAGAUCCAGAUACCCGAGGGGGAGCUGCUUCUUCAGGCCCUUAACGGCUUCGUUCUGGUGGUCACGGCUGAGGGGAUCAUCUUCUUCUGCUCUCACACCAUCCAGGAUUACCUCGGCUUCCAUCAGACUGAUGUGAUGCACCAGAGUGUGUUUGAGCUGAUCCACACUGAUGACCAGCAGGAAUUCAAGAGGAACCUGCACUGGGCCCUCAACCCCCCUGUGAGCCUCGAACCCCCAACAGAUCCUCCAGAUGGGAAAUCGGUGUCGACCUCUUCCUGCCUGGUGAGCUACAAUCCCGAACAGCUGCCCCCUGAAAACUCAUCCUUCCUGGAGCGAAGUUUCGUCUGCCGCUUCCGCUGUUUGUUGGACAAUUCCUUCGGCUUCCUGGCGCUGAACAUCCAGGGUCGGCUGAAGUUCCUUCACGGCCAGAGCCGGCAGCAGUGCGAUAGCGACCGAACCACGCCGCCCCAGCUGGCGCUCUUUGCCAUCGCCACGCCCCUCCAGCCUCCAGCCAUCCUGGAAAUCAGGACGCGGAACAUGAUCUUCAGGACCAAACACAAGCUGGACUUCACGCCCAUGGCGUGCGAUGCAAAGGGUAAGAUAGUUCUGGGAUACACCGAGGCUGAGCUGAGAGUGCGAGGUUCAGGAUACCAGUUCAUCCACGCUGCUGACAUGCUGUACUGUGCCGAAAAUCACGUCCGUAUGAUAAAGACGGGUGAGAGCGGCCUCACCGUCUUUAGGCUGCUCACCAAGGACAACAGGUGGAAGUGGGUCCAGGCCAACGCCCGGCUCAUUUACAAGAACGGCAAGCCAGACUACAUCAUCGCCACUCAGAGGCCUUUGGCGGACGAAGAAGGAGGGGAACACCUGAGGAAGAGAUCUUUGCAUCUCCCCUUCACCUUUGCCACCGGUGAGGCUUUGCUCUACCAAACUGGGUAUCCGCUGCACGGCUUCUCCGACCCGCUCCAGGGCAAAGCCAGAGGCAGCAAGUCCAAGAAAAGCAAAGGAGAGAAGGGCUCUUCAGAUGAGCUGGACCCAAAGUCCCUACUGGGGGCGCUGAUGAGUCAGGAUGAGUCCGUAUACGUAUGCCAGCCAGAUACGGAGCCUAAAGUGUCCUACCACAGCACUCUUUUCAGUGAGCAGCAGAGCAGGGCUGAUGGUCUGGGUGCUUUGUUCAGUGGUGACAGCUGGUAUGUCGUCUCUAGCGAGGAGUCGCCAGGGGAACGCAACGGCAAAACCUCCAGUUUUGACCCCCUUCUGACCACAUUGGACUCUCUGUCUCUCGAUGGAGAGGAAACAUGCUCCAACAGCGAACUGUUCAGCGCCCUAGAGAAUCUGGGCCUAAAUGCCGAGGACCUGGAGCGGCUGCUGCUGGACGAGAGGAUGAUGCAUGUGGAACUGGACCCAGAUCACAUCCCAACUCUCAGUGACCUUCUCACCAACAACGAAAUCCUCUCCUACAUUCACGACUCUCUGGAGGGUGCGAGCGAGAGGCAGGAACAGGUGAACACAGGCAGAUUUGGGUCCUCAAACCACCAGUCAAACUCAGAUUCUGCCCAAAGUGUCUCCCAGCAGGUGUGCUUGACUGCUGGACCAGUGACGGGGGGACCUGACAGUCACUGGGUGGUACGGACGGGGAAUCACCACAACCGUCAUCACACCAACCAUAACAAAGCCACGGAGCUGGACAGCAAACAUGCGAACGCUCAACAGUGGCAGCUGCAACAGGAACAGCUCUCUGCCCCCCUCCAGUACCUGCAGGUAAGCAGUGACAGCACUCUGUUGUCUGGCUUCCAGAAUAAUCUGCUCGGACCGACUUUAAACGGGUCCUGCAUCCCAAAUGGACUCUCAGCUUUUCCCCCAAGCGUGGUUGCUGGACACCAACAUUACAGCGUCAGUGGCACAGACGGCGCAGUGUUAAAUGACUCUACGUUACAGGAGGUCUGUCAAAGUUUGGUGAGCACUGUGCAGCCCUACCAGCUGCUGGGACACCAUAAGCAUGAACAGACUGAGGAGCUGGAGCAGUUACUGGUCCUGACACAGCCACCGCACAGUGUACCAUCCUUAGAGACCCACGGUGUGUUUGCUGCCACCCAAGACUCCACUCACAGCAAGAGAGCCAUCAUGAAGCUGGUUUUGCUCCUCCUGCUGGUGACGGAGGCAUCCUGCAGGUCUCACAGCUCUGGGUGUGAGAAGGGCUGUGACUGUCGUGGAGACCUCAAGUUCACCAUAUGCUCAAGGGCUUCCUUCACACGGCUCCCCAGCCGAGUGCCUCCCAACACUGAACGCCUCGACCUGUCUGACAACUGGAUCUCCAUCAUCCCCGAACGCACCUUCAACACCACUCGCAAACUACGGGUACUCCUGCUGCAGAACAACAACAUCAGCGUGGUGGAGGAUGGGGCCUUCUCACAACUGGAGUUCCUCCAGAAGCUGGAUCUGAGCUGGAACCAGAUCACCACUCUCUCUGAGGGAUUCUCCAUUGGCCUAGCCUCACUGCAGGAGCUGCAGCUGUCCCACAACCGACUGACCACCCUGGGCAGCCGGACCUUCCGGCACCUGGACAGCAUCCAGCGAUUAAACCUGACCAACAACAGCAUCCAGACCAUUCAGAUGAGGUCGUUCUCCUCAAUGAGCCUCCUCCGACAGCUCCACCUGCAGGACAACCAGCUGACGUCUCUGAGGAGUGGCACUUUCUCCAUGCUGCGCUCUCUCGAAGUCCUCAACCUGGCCGGAAACCAGAUCAGUGAGGUAGAGACUGGUGUCUUCAAGCCACUUGCCAGCUUGACGUUACUCAACAUUGCCAAGAACCAGCUGACCACCAUCUGCUUCAAGACUUUCCUGAGCAUCCACACCUACAGCACCCACCUCCUGCUGGAGGGGAACCCCUGGAACUGCGACUGUGACCUGCAGAGAGUUUUCCGGAAGCUGCACAGCAUCCAGCGGCUCUUCCUGGAUGACUACUACAACCUGACAUGCAGUUCGCCACCUGACCUCCAGGGCUACCUUCUGAUAAACGUGGAUGAUGAGCUGUGCAUUGCUGAGACGGUCACUGUGCUCAUCAUAACCAUCACCGUCAUCAUCACCCUGCUGGCUGCCAUGCUGAUGGGUGAGAGAAAGAGGAGGAGGAGGAAGAAGAAGGGAUUCCACUGGACGCAGCAGGGAGACUUUUCAGACGAGUCAGACUACUGAAGCAACUUCUGUUUCUGACUUAAAUAUAUCACUCUUUCUUUUCUCGCACUGUAGUCUGAUGGUAUU